GCCUCUCAAUCAUUAGCUUCUCUCUCUCUCCCUCUCCAAACCCUAAAAACCUCCUCACUCUCUCUCCUCUUUCUCUCUCUAAAGCUCGCGGACGACGACGAGCCACGCCCGACGCAGACACCACUCAACCACCUUCCUCCAUCUUUUAGCUCAGCUCAGCUCAGUUCCGGCAAGCUCGAAGCUCGCGACAGCGAAGUGCCCGUCCUGUAGCUGCGGAUCGUCGCCGGAGAGAGAGAGAGAGAGAGAGAGAGAGAGCGAGGGGAAAGCAGCGGACCUUUUACGACGGAGGCGGAGGUUGGGGGGAGGGGCGGCCGAGGAGGGUUUGGUCUCGAGAGCGCCAUGUCGAAUUCCGACGUGGGGAGCAACGCCGCCGCGGCCAACGGGGCGAUCAUCGAUCCCCAGCGGCAGCCGCACCAGCAGGGGGCCAACGGCGCCCUCGCCGUCAAGAAGCCCCCCUCCAAGGACCGGCACAGCAAGGUCGACGGACGCGGCCGCCGGAUACGGAUGCCGAUCAUAUGCGCCGCCCGCGUCUUCCAGCUCACCCGCGAGCUCGGGCACAAGUCCGACGGCCAGACCAUCGAGUGGCUCCUCCGCCAGGCCGAGCCCUCCAUCAUCGCCGCCACCGGGACGGGGACCACCCCCGCCAGCUUCUCCACCGUCUCCGCCUCCGUCCGCGGCGGCGGCGGCGGCGGCGGGUCCAGCUCCGGCGGCCUCUCCUGCUCGAUCUCCAUGUCCCCCAACGCCUCUUCCUUGGAGCACAAGCCCCUCCUCGGGCCGCCGUUCAUCCUCGGGAAGCGCGUGAGGGCGGAGGACGACGGCGGGAACGGCAAGGACGAGGUCUCCGUUGUGGGCCCCACCGUGGAGGGGAUGGUCGGCGCCGGCGGGGCCCCGGGCGGCUUCUGGGCGCUGCCGGCGCGGCCCGACUUCUGGAGCUUCGCGGCGGCGGCGGCGGCCGCAGCGGCGCCGCCGGAGAUGGUGGUGCAACAGGGCGGGGCGGUGUCGCAGCAGGCGCCGUCCUUCUUCUUGCAUCAGCAGCAGCAGGGGAUUGGGGAAGCGUCGGCAGCCCGGGUCGGGAAUUAUCCCGGUCACCUGAACUUGCUCGCGUCCUUGUCGGGCGGGUCCGGGAACUCCGGCCGGAGGGACGACGACACGCGCUGAUCCCGUGG